AAAUACAUUCGUGCGUGUUCAAACAUUUACGGAACCAAUUUGAGCGAGGCUUUAUUUUAAUAUUCAACUAAACUUGAACUCGCCACCAUUGUGUUUGCGGAUUUAAACAUUUCACGCGGUCACAGAUAGAUGUGCUUACGACAUACAGAGGUCGAUCCUCCCAGUUGUAAACCCAAAUAGGAGUGGAGAGUUGAAUGAAAACUUAGUAUUUGAUCAGACGUAUAACCGAAGUAAUCAUUUAAGUUAUUAACACUGUGGUUCGAAAUCAAAUAAAACUGAUACAGAAAAGUUUCGGCGAUAAGGUUGAAAUGUGAUGGUACAAAUCGCGAGGAGCUAUCGAAUAUCGUCGUGGAAGUAACUUCUUUAUUUGACAUCUACGCGUUAAAUGCAGAUCGGCGAUAGUUGAGAAUAAUAGAGUCCGUGUAUUAGAAGUCAGCACAGCGGGAAGAAGAUAAAUUCGGGAAAUACAACACUCAUUGUUUAUUUAAGGAUUUGCGCAUUUGAUAACCAGGGUGUACAAAAUAUUUAACAAACCGUAUCUAGGUUGUCGUGUAGAUAAUAGAAAUAACUCGGAGUUUUCAGUGUAAAAGGCGUUUUAAGCGUUGCAAAGGGAAAGAAAAACCAGUGACGUACCUAACGUACCUACGCGGAUAAGAUUAUAUUAAUAUUAGAGACAAUCUACAAGUGCACACGAGUGUCGUUUGAAGCAAUAUACGUGCUCUGUAUCAGGAAUACGUGUUAAAAAAAUAGGCGGACAUUGACAUGUACACUCAGAAAAAGUAAAAUGUGUGUCUUAUAGUUGGCAAUUAUUUAUGAAUGAACAUAUUUGAAGUGCCCAAGUCCUCCGAACGGAAAUCAUGGAUUACUACGUGACUAAUAUUUGAGGAUUUAAAGCAUUCUCAACGUAGGCAUACACACGCGUUGAUUAACACUGAGAGAGUAUUUAUAGGUUGUGAUUGUGCUAUUCUUCACUACGGCUCAAGAGAGAAAUACGUUUAGUUUAAAUAGCAGAGCAGGAACAGAAUUACUCAGUUAGGUAUAGUGUUGAGUCUAAAUAGCGACGUUGUAGCUAUUCGCCGUGGUCGUGGUAGAGAAACCGGCUCGCCAGUUUCGGUAGCGAAAUAUAAUAAUAUAGAGCAAAAAAGAUAAUACACGGAAGUAACUUUUAACAAAGUCGUGGGAAUUAUCUGUGAACAUCCAGUUGUUGGAUUUAAGUAAGAUUUGUUGUUUGUCAGUGCUCUGUUGAUUGCCGUAAGCAGGUGUUUAUACCCGUUAAAUCGUCAUUUUUGUUCAUAUCGCACAAUUGUUGCACGACAAUUGUAUAUACAUUGUAUAUAGGAAAGCUCUGCCGACGUAAACUGUAAGCGAACAAAAAUUUGUGCGAGGAUUACGUAAAUAUUUAUAUGUACAUUUUCACGCCUUGCGGUGUAGGUUUCACAGUGAAAGAGUAACCGCAGUUCUUAACAAAGGUUUGAGUAUGGGCGGAAUAGCAUCGAAACUCAGCAAACUAUUCAAGAACUGUCCGGCCCGGAUCGCCAUGAUUGGACUGGACUCAGCAGGCAAGACAACGAUCCUGUAUCGAUUCAAGCUCAACGAGACGAUCAGUACGAUCCCCACCAUCGGCUUUAACGUAGAGACGCUGACACCCACGAAGGGCCUCACCCUCACAGUGUGGGAUAUGGGAGGUCAGGAGAGAAUGAGGCCGCUAUGGAGGAUGUACCUCCGGGGAACUGAUGGCGUGCUGUUCGUCGUGGACUCUGCAGACAGGGACCGCAUCCCGGAAGCCCGCGAGGAGCUACUUCGGAUUUUGGACACGCCGGAAAUGAAGAACGUGCCGCUGGUGGUCAUAGCCAACAAACAGGACUUGCCCGGGUCUAUCGAUUGCAAAGAGCUCGGUAAGCGCCUGCAGUUGCCACAGAUGUCAACGCGACCAUGGGUUCUCCACGGCGCAUGCGCGACAACAGGGGAAGGCAUCUGCGAAUCCAUGGAGUCACUAGCGAAAAUGGUGAAAGAGUACAAGUCGAAGAACAAAUGAGCGUGAAAUGUUUAAUAUCCCCGCGAUAUCCACUAGGCGCGUGCCCAGUGAGCUUCAUCUUCUAUGCGCAUGUUCACAAAGUGCGCGCGCAUUGCCAUUCAUAAUGCCAAGAUGGCUGCCGGUCCUCUCCCGCACCUCACGAGAACGCUGCAAAAGUCAGGUGACGUGGUUUGACGUUGCUUAUUGCAAAAGAAAAACGUUCACGUUGGCGUUCGAUCUACGGAACGGCGGACGCUUUUACUCUAGUCACAUGAAGCGGCAACAAAUGCUGUGUUCACUGAUUCCCAUGACUUUAUUCUGUGAUUCAACUAAUGAACUAAUAAAGAUGUGAAUUGAA